CUCACAAACGUGUACAUGUUUAGUAGCAAUUACAGUGAGGCUGAAUGUCGUAAGUCCUUGUUAACAUUAGAUCACUCAGCAAAAACGUUAACCAUGCCUGAAAAAUAAACCGGUAUGGGAGGUGCCUAUACAUAGACAAAAGUUUCAAUAAAGUUUUUCUUUUAUAUGUUACACAUUCACAACAUACCUCUCAAGAAUACUAUAAAGUCACAAGGGCUACUGUUAAUGCAAGGAGUAGAAGGUGAGGUUACAAUACAGUACAGCCAACUUCACAGAAGAUGGCGUUACAUAAGCUGUCAUUAAUAACCAUCCUGAUGGUAAUAUGUAACAUUUUUGCAACUGAGGAAUUUAUGGAAAACCCAGAGGAUCUGCCCCAGGUAAGAGACAUGGAUACCAAAUCUCCAAGCGUAGAAAUCAGACGAAAAAGACAAGCCAUGGAGAUGACAGUGUCAGAUCUGAUGUACCUUUUCGCACCUGCACCGGCCCCCUCCCCAUUGAGACUGGAACUGACCACUGAAAUAUCUAAUGCAAACUUAACAGAUCGUAAUGUUAAAUCAUACUAUAUCAUAGACAUUGAUGUGACAGUAUCAGAUAUCGCAAUGAUCGAUUAUCUGAGGAACUUGCUCAAAGAAGAACAAUUCCCAGUUGUUUUCAAUAAUGACACUGAACUAAUUCAUGCGAACCUAACAACAGUGUGUCACCCGAAUGGAACUGGAUUCCAGUGCAAAUGUGAAGAGCAGUUUGCCUGGUCAUAUAACAGCUGUGUUAAAUACACACCUUGUGAUGACAUCAUUGACGGCACAUGCGGAUGCAUCAAUGCUGUACCGCCUGAUGGACAGUUCUGCCACUUUGAACCAAGUCUUGAUACUCCAUCAUACUACAUAGGUGACAUUGAUGUGACAGUGUCGGACACUGCAAUGAUCGAUCAUCUCAGGAACCUUCUCAAAGAAAUGCACUAUCCAUACAAUAUCACUACUGACACUGAACUAAUUACUGUGAACCUAACAACAGUGUGUCACCCGAAUGGAACUGGAUUCCAGUGCAAAUGUGAAGAGCAGUUUGCCUGGUCAUACAACAGCUGUGUUACAUACACUCCAUGUGAUGACAUCAUUCAUGAUACAUGUGAAUGCAUCAAUGCUGUACCGCCUGAUGGACAGUCCUGCCACAUUCAACCCCCUCCAGUGACAACCAGAACCACUCCAAAAGCUAAGACAACAGUUGCUUCUACCACUAAAGGACCCGCUCUCACUCUUGCUCCAGUCACAACACUCAAUUAUAUGUUGAAGAUGUCAUUUAAAAUUCUACAACCCUUUGAUGAAAAAUUAACCGAUCAGUCAACGUCAUUCUUCAAAACAUUUAAAAAGAACAUUGAAACAGUCCUCAUUUCAAAUUACCAACAUAAAUUUGUUCAAAUUGAAGUCCUUCAAUUCAGGAAUGGCAGUGUGAUUACAGACUUUGCAAUGGCGACAAAUGGCAGUGUGAAUUCCACUGAGAUUGCGACACUGGGCAGUAAAAUUGCAGCCGAUCUUCUGGGCCAGGGUUACAAAACUGAUCCACGUUCCUUCAAUGGAGUUAUUUAUGCAAAGGUGCCUUUUACAAAGAACUUUGAAAUGAUAUAUCCUGGUUACACCAUUGAGUUGACAUGUGAGGUUCCAGAAUCACUGCAAACAGGAAAUGGGUCGUGGUUUGUGAACGGUGUGCCAGUGUCAAAUAAUGCAAAAUACACAAUCACCAAUUCUCCUCCCAAACUAACUGUUAAGGACAUGAGUAUUGCUGACAAUGGGUUGUACAACUUUACCUUGACGAAUUAUUUCUUGAAUUUCACCCAUGAGGAAACGAUUUCAGUGAAGGUCAUUCCUCCCAUAAUCCAGCUGAACCAGUCAUCCAUUAAUGUCCAAUGUGGCAAGAAAGAUGUCUCACUGGGGUGCUGCGUUACAUACUACGACAUCAGUGCAAUUAUAAUAGAAUGGGUGGACAAAUCUACAGGAAUAAUUGUAAAUAGUCGUAAUGAACCAAGUGGGACAAUGACUGAGAUAUGCGCCAAUGCUUCUGUUCCUGCACAAUGUAACAUAACAAAAACAUUCAAAUGCCAAGCAAAACUUGGAAGCAUCGUUACAGCUCAACAGGAAGCAAAUGUCUCGUUUUUCUAUGGAGUUCCUGAUUGUAUUGACACAACAUAUGGUGUCGGUAAGAAUGGAAGUACGUCAAUUGUUGGCUGCGCAGCUAAUUUUACGGGCAACCUGACUGUAGUUUGUGCAAAGCCAAAUUGGAGCAUUCAGGAGGACAACUGUGUCUUCAGCCCAAUAAUGACACUAUUGCUGUUUUCUCAGAAUUUAACUGAAAUGGGUUUAAAUUCCGUACCAUUGUUUGUGAAAGACCUUACCACAACCACUACUUAUUUUAAAACAGACAUAGAAGGGUCACCGGCUACAAUUUCCACCAUUGUGACCAUACUCAACAACGUAGCAGAUGUUUCAGGAAAUACAAGCACAAGUAUGAUGGAAGAUAUUUUGGAGACAGUAUCAGUUUUAGUGUCACCUGACACGAAAAACUCAUGGAGUCAAUUGAACGGGAAUAACACAGAUACAAGCUCUCUUCUUCUAGAGUCAGUAGAAAACUUUACGAAGAGCCUUUCAAGUGAUCCUGUUAAUAUAACUAAACCAAACAUUCAGUUAAACAAAACAACAUUAACAAGCUCUUUCAAUGAAAACUUGAACUCAUCUCAGAUAUUCAUUCAAAGUCAAGGUCUUCCCAUCAACACGGCUAUCACAGUUAUCGUCUUUACGACUCUUGAUAUUGUCUUACCUAACCGGACCACUGGAAGCAGUAUGAAUAACUCCAUCAAUGGAAUCGUCAUGUUGGUUUAUGUAAAUCAAACCAUUAAUAACGUUUCAAUGACAUUUGAUAAAACAAACAAAUCAAAGGGAAUCAACCAGUGUGUGUUUUGGAAUUUCACAGUUUUUAAUGGCACUGGAGGCUGGGACCCUACUGGAUGUCAACUGGGUUCUGAAACGAAUGACAGCGUCACCUGUUCCUGUAACCACCUGACUUCCUUUUCGAUAUUAAUGUCACCUUUAGUACCAAACUCCCCUUUUCUGAAUUACAUCACGUACAUUGGAGUCGGCAUAUCAAUGGGAUGCCUGGUCUUAUGCCUUAUAAUUGAAGCAUUUGUAUGGAACAUUGUCACUAAGAACAGCACGUCACACAUGCGACACGUCGCUAUAGUGAACAUUGCUCUGUCUCUGCUGAUUGCUGACAUAUGGUUCAUCAUUGGAGCAGCAGUGUCAGACGUUGGCCAUAGCACACCGGAGAAAGCAUGCAGUGCUGCAACCUUCUUCAUUCACUUCUUUUACCUUGCCUUGUUUUUCUGGAUGCUGAUCUCAGCUCUCUUCCUCUUCUACCGUACCAUGAUGGUUUUCUCCCACAUGUCAAAGCGCACUAUGAUGGCCAUUGCCUUCUCAGUGGGCUACGGGGCACCACUCAUCAUUGCCAUAAUCACCAUUGCAGUCACUGCCCCCAAACAUGGCUACUUCAGGCAAGAUGAUGCAUGUUGGUUGAACUGGGACCAGACUAAGGCCCUCCUGGCAUUUGUGAUUCCGGCCUUGACCAUCGUCGCUGUGAACCUGCUCAUUCUAAUUGUGAUUCUGGUUAAACUACUGAUGAGGGGUGUUGGUGAGAACCGUCAGUCUGAGGAGAAGAAUGCUCUGGUGGUCAUCGCAAGGUGUGUCGCUGUUUUGACUCCCAUCUUUGGCAUCACCUGGGGAUUUGGCAUAGGGACCAUGGUGGAACCUACAAAUAUUGGAAUCCAGAUUGUAUUUACAAUCUUCAACGCCUUUCAGGGCUGCUUCAUUUUAGUGUUUGGGACACUUAUAGACAGCAGAAUUCGAUCAGCUAUUGUUGGAAGAUUUUCAUUUUUGCCUUUGCUGUCUGCCCGAACAAAGAGCACAAAUACUGGUCCAUCUUCAUCUUUGCCUGACCGUAUUAGGCGAAGGGGAAAGAAUAUGUACAAUGUUUCCAGUGCUACAGCAAGUCAGGGUUCUUAUGAAGCAUUCGUCAAUACUGAUGAACCUAUUCUUAGAAAAUUUUAGUUAAAAAGAAAAAAGUCAUUAUUUAUAAUGAUUUUUUAAUUCGCAUCAUGUCAAUUUACAAUUUUAAUUGCAUGUAUAUUCUUGAGAUCUUUUUCAUAUAUGACACCCUCCUAUCACUGUAUAUUGACAGAUUUAUCACAUUAUAUCAACAUUCAAAUUAUGACACUGUAUUUAAUCACCUUUUCCUUUAUUUUUGUUUUUCACUAAACGUGAAAUAAACAUUAGCAACAAUAUAAACCUGUGAAAUGUGAGAAAGUUUAUGCAAAGAAUAAUCACAUACAUAUAUGUUUAAUAUACAGGGAACAUUAGACCUAACAAAUAAAAUAAUUUACCAAUCA